GAAGACUAUGAAGCAGAGAGUUGGCAGCUGGAACCUGACGAGAAGCUGGCCAGUGUUACGGUGUUGAAACAGACCGGCAAUGAGCUCUUCAAAAAGGGUGAAUACGAGCAGGCGUCGCUGAAGUAUCGUGAAGCAUUGGGUCGAAUCGAUACGCUUCUAUUGCGCGAGAAACCUGGCGAUCCAGAAUGGCUUGAACUCGAUCAGCAGGUCAAAAUUCUAUCUUUCUGA